AUGACAUCUCCCCAGAUCUCAGCCUUCUUCCUUCAUGAAAGCAUGACCUCUCAAGACCAGAAAUGGUCUUCUGAUUAUCAUUAUUUCUCUACUUUGACCAUGUCAGAAAAUUUCCAAACUCCAUCUGUAUUGGGAACUGCAAAUUCUUUGCAGCUUUCUCUUGCAGUGGUGAACAAUACAGCUUCCCUAGCAGGAAGUACUUGCAACUACUCCAGAGUAUCUGCUCCAGCUGUUGGCUCGGCCUGUCUCCUGCCCUCAGCCGCUGGCACCUCUUUCCAACCACUGAUACAUAGUGCCGACUCUUACCAACAGUCUAACUCAAAGAUGCUGUCUGGAGUGUCUGGCCAGAGUCAGAUAUUUGCAUCAGCUGCCUGUUACCCAAGUAGUAUUCAAUGGGAUAUUAGUGGAAGCGCUCUAAAGAAGUCUUCUCCUGGAGACUUCACUAUGACAGUCACCAACCAAGACCCAACUGUCUCUUCCACGUCAGUGGCAGCUCAGUAUCAUAACACCUCACAUACCACCAGCACAGUGCCUCUGUACUCAUCUCUUUCUGCCAGACUUGUUGAGAGGACACCUCAGUGUCCACCUCACAAUCAUAGCCUGUUGCUUCCGUUCCAGGAAGGGAGCCAGGUGAAUGACUCUAAUCAUGGCACAUUGAGGUCUCUCCUCUCUCAAGAACUUGGUACCUUUCUGCAAACCUAUGGCUCCAUAUCAUACCCUGGAGGUAGGGGCUCUGUCCUACAAACUUACAACAAUUCAUCCUUCGAAAUGGUUAUACAGGAGGUUCAGCCCACAACUAACAUGCUGCUGGCCACUAACACUGGAAUCAGUUGCUCUGUCUGCUCAGCCCAUCAUGGAAUCAAGUUUCAAAGACUCUUUAGAAGAACACUUCGUGUACCAGACUGGGGCUAUGGCAGGAGAAUGGCCACUGAGGUUCCAUACAAGAAACCAUCAAGCGCACACCAAAUAGGCCAUAUUCAGCAAGAAGCAAGUCCCAGAGUCACAGGCAGGAAAAGAUGGGAAGUCAGAGAGAACAGCAGCAAGAAAGCUGAUGAGAGUAGGCAGCUAGAGACCGAAGUUGAGAUAGAAAGCAAGUCAGUCAUCCCACACACAAAACGCAAGACAAAUCCCUGUGAGCUUAGCCAAGAACCCUUGAAAAAGCCCCGAAGCUGCCUAGGCAUGCAAAGGCAACAAUCUCUGCACACUGUCAUCCUGCAGCAGCUCACCCUCCUCAUCCUGGUUCUACCACUUCAAGUCAAGGAAAAGCCCUUUUUUCCUCUAGGGAAACUCCCCAAUCUUUGCCAGCUCCAGCCAGACCGACUGGGCCUAUUAAGGACAACUCAGCUCAAUUGGAUUGGAAGCACUCUAGCACUUCUAGAUUGGAAGCCUUGGGCUGCAACAUCUAGAUCUGCUCCAUCUCAGGCAUCAGUGGGCACUUUUCUCCUGAGGAAGCUAGGUUCCAGCUCUAUGCCCAAGGGCCAGUCUCCAGCUAAUGCUCAGAAUCUGUUUCUACUGAAAUACUUCAGCGCUCAACCAAUUCCUUGGCGAAAGCCCAAUGUGCCAAGACCUGUCAUGUCAACACCCAUCUCCCAAGAGCAGAGAGCAGAGCGUGAGGCCCUGAAGAGGAAGGCUCAGCAGGAGGGUGAGAAUGCUGCCAAGAACACCUGUGGGCACAGUGCAAGUUUCCUCUGA